CAGCAGUGUGGGGGCUGAGCAGUUGAGGCAGAAACAGGUUUUCAUUGUGCCGAGGAUUGAGUUUACAGUUUGUACAGUUAUAUAAUUUCUAUUUCGGUGGUUUGCCUCGGCGGCGUGUCCCUCUCCCUGUUGUUGACUCCCAGCCGUUCAAAGCGGGAUGGCGGAACCGAGCGGCAGAUAUCAGCAGCUGCCCAAUGAAGAGGACCCAGAGGAGAGUCCGCAGGUAGCAGCUGAUGCUCCUCCCCCAUACAGCAGCAUCGCAGUGGACAAUGCUGCCUACCUUGACUACAAGGAAGACGGGGCUUUCCCUAAGCCUCCAUCAUACAAUGUAGCGACCACGCUACCUUCCUAUGAUGAAGCAGAAAGAACCAAGGCUGAGACUGCUGUUCCCCUGGUAACUGGAAGAGAUGAAGACUUUGUGACCAGAGACGACUUUGAAGAUGCUGAUCAGCUGAGGAUAGGAAACGACGGCAUCUUCAUGCUCACUUUUUUCAUGGCAUUCCUGUUCAACUGGAUCGGUUUCUUCCUGUCUUUCUGUCUGACCACCUCAGCAGCCGGACGCUACGGGGCCAUCUCAGGCUUCGGCCUUUCCCUAAUCAAAUGGAUCCUCAUAGUCAGGUUCUCCACAUACUUCCCUGGUUACUUUGAUGGACAGUACUGGCUGUGGUGGGUGUUCCUGGUGUUGGGCUUUUUGCUCUUCCUCAGAGGAUUCAUCAACUACGCCAGAAUCCGCAAGAUGGCUGACACCUUCUCCACCCUGCCCCGCACCCGAGUCCUCUUCAUCUACUGAGCUCACAAUCCAUCAGUUUCCAUCAUCAUUCCCCUGCAUUUUCAUUAAAACAUACUGUCUGGCUUUAUCCAAUCAAAACAGGAGAAAAGAACAUUUCUUUCCUCUGCUUGACAUGAUUCGGACAAUACGUCUAUUAUUGUCCCCUCUUGGUGUAAAAUAGUGAAUGCUGAGAAACCUGUUAAACCCUUCAGUUGUUAGUGGUGAACUGUUAAGUGCUAAUUGCAAUUAUGAAGUGUGUGACGUUUAAAUGAAUGCCUUAUUUACUGUUUUACUGUCUGUCGGUGGGUAGCAGCAGCAUGCACUGUUCUCCUGUGUAGCCACCAGGGGGCGGUCUUGUUUGUGUUAUUUUUUUCACCAGUCUUCUGUCAGAUGAUUUGUGUACAAAGGUGGUUUUCAGACCAGGGGUCAGUGGGUAAUUUUGGGGUUAUGGGUUGAUUUAUGCAGUGUAAAAUAAUAUAUUUCAAGUACUAAUUUAAUGUGCUUUUAACCCUUUUGACCAAUGCUUUUUGUCUCUUGUGAAAUUGUGUAUAAUUCAGGUAAAACAAGACUGAAAGGGAAAAUCAGAUCUUUGGUUCAGGGGCUUAAAAUGUUGAGGACCAUAAAUAUAUAUAUAAAAGAGCAGGGGCCGGGUUUCCCCUAGAGCAUUUUUCCUCAUGUAUUUAGAAAGUGUUCAUGCUUACACAAACUGUAAUCAGGAGUGUUGUUUCCUUAUAUAUAAUACAUGUAUGUCAGCGGAGCUUCUUGAUCACUGUCCUGCUUAAGGACAUGGUGAUGUGGAUGGAAUAUGCUGAUAGUCUGUCACUGGAUACAGAUGUGCGAAUAGAAGGUUUCCUGUUAAAUGAUUCCCACACCCUAUCUUAGUCACUGGCACCCAAUUAUUGGUUUCUAAUGAGGGAAAACAAAUCAUUUUGCCAGAUGUGAUUUGGAAACUGCCCUAUGCAGAACAAGGAAUAUAUUAUUACAGAGCAGAGAUUUUUUCUCUGUCUUUGACAUAACAAUUAUUAAUUAAGAGUCAUUCUUUUUAUGUUUACCCUCAUUGUAGUGGAAGUGGAAUGAUUAUUUUUCAGAUGAAUUUUAAGUAUGGUUUGGAAAAUGUUUGGAAUUAAACUGGAAAAGGUCACUUUUUGUGUUGAGCUUUUUAUCAGAUGGUCAUAAGCUUUCAGAAAAAACAAAAAUCACAUGACAUAACAGCCUUUUUAGUUAGAUGUUUAGGUUGCAGGAUACUACUGCCUCUCAGCCGGCUCACCAAAAUUGAAAUUAAGUUUGUUAAAAUUAAAUAAAAUGAGGAGCUUUUCCUGUCACUGCUGGAUUUUAUUAAACAUUUACAUGCAAACA